CGUCAUCGAUCGUCAGCCAGGCUUCCGCAGCUCAUAAGCUUCCCAGAGUAGAAUCGCCUCCUUCGAUCUCCAUUCCCUCCCCGUCGUCCGUCGAUCCUCAAAACCAAUUUCGCAGAAAUGGAUUUUGAGAACCAUCCUCCGCUGCAGCUGACGGCGGUGGCGGCAGCGCAGUUCCAAGAAGGCAUUUUCCUGGUGCUCUCUAGAUGGACUUCUCUGCAGAUGGCCGUCGCAGAGGAGUGGGGCGGCCCCACAUCUCGUAAGAAGUCCGAGGAUCUCGCUGUGCGCAUCUUCUCCUUGUUUGCCCAGUCUAAAGUAACGCUAUACGCCGAUGAUUUGGAGGAUUUUCUCGACGAUUUCAUGAUUUCUGAUUUCAGUGCCGAGCUCGACGAUGGAAGUAUUGAGGAGGUGGCAGAAAAGUUGAUGGUUAUGCACGGGGAAUGUGCGGAAGGCAACUUCAAGUCAAUUAAUGAUCUGAAGGCGACAAAUCUUGAGAAUUCCUCUGUUUCUUAUAAAAGACAGGAGGUGAGAGGUGAAGGAGAUGAUGAUAGUGAUAGCGAUAGUGUUGUUGAUGGUGAGAGUGAUUUGUUGGGGAACGAGUCUUCGGGCAUGGCAGUAGAUUCUUUUGAACACCAAACAUGUAUGGACCAAAGAGAGAUGAUGAUCGAUGAACCAAGUACAGACAUCACAACCGAAGACGGGUGGACAGUUGUAUCUUCAAGGAAAAGAAACGGUAGAAAAAAUUGAUCCGAAGUCGAAAUGGUCUGUUUUUUCGUCGUUUUAUAUAGCAAUUUGGGAGAGUACUUGCAUUGUUAUUCUGCUUAACUAGCCUUUAUGUUAUGAUUAUGUAUCUAGAUGUGGUUUUAUGUUCACUUAUGUUCCCUUGAAGUCUUAGGGUGUCUCAUUAAAGGAUCAAUUCUUUGCUGGUAUGUGACUUAAAUGAGAUCAGUGUUCUGGAUUUGAUUGAGUUUUGAAAAAAAAGUGUGUUUAUUUUUACUUUUAUUUUAUAGAUUACUGCAAGUUGUGUUGUUCCAUAAAAACUGUGCCUAUUG